UCGAUCGAACAUAACCGCGACGAACUCGUCUUCCUCCUCAGGACUCGAUCCUCCUUGUAUCUCCUUCUGUUCUGGAACCCUAGCCUCUGAUUCUUGCUAUUCCCUACUCAAUCUCUCCAAUUCAUCUCCAGAAUUGUACCCAGAUUACCCAAGUAUUCUUAUUAUUGUGAUUUGGAGGUCUAGGGCCAUAACAAUUGGUAAUCAGAGCCUUGUUCUUCGGAAUCCCCCAAAUUUUCCCCCAAAUCGCGAGUUCCAUCCGAAUCCACCCAAUUUUUUUCCUCCAAAUCGAAUCGAGCCAUGGUGGAGAUGGAUGAUCUCUAUGCUUCGAUGUCGAGGAUGGAGGAGAAGUUGCGGCUGAUGAACGAGAUCAUGGAUCGCAUGAAUGGAGUCGCGCCGCCCCCGUCCUCAAGCACGGCAUCGGCGUCCUGGACUCCGACUUCGGCGCAAGUUGCCGCAUCGGCGUCCUCCACCCCGACCUCGACUCAGGUCGCGGCAUCGGCGUCCUCCACCCCCACCUCGACGAAGGUCGCGGCAUCAGCGCCCUCCACUCCGACCUCGGCGCAGGUCGCGGCAUCAGCGCCUUCCACUCCAACCUCGGCGCAGGUCGCCGCCAGCCUUGCGUCGGCCCCUUUACCUACACCCGCGGGCGCCAACAACGGCCGGCGUUGUCGGCACCAACGCGCGCUCACCAAUGGCUCCUUCGCCCCCGACAUCCACCACCUCGGGUGUGGCCACCACCUCGGGUGUGGCUCGACACCUGCAUCUGCAACGGCGCCAAGAAGGACCACGUCUUCCGUGCCAUCAACACCGUGCCCGCCGUCCGCAGCAAGGCCGACUGAGUCAUGCACUGGAUCGACGGCGGCGAGCGUUUUGCCGGCCGCCUCGUCGCCUUCACCUGCGUCGAGGGCAUCUGCUUCUCGGGCUCCCUCUGCGCCAUCUCCUAGCUCAAGAGGAGCGACCUCAUGCCCGGCCUCAGCUUCUCCAACGAGCUCAUCUUCCACGACAAGGGCGUGCACUGCGAUUUCACCUGCCUCCUGUACGACCUCCUCCGCAGCAAGCAGGACGAGGCCCGCGUCCGCGAGAUCGUCGCCGAUGUCGUCGACAUCGAGCGCGAGUUCGUCUGCGACGCGCUCCCCGUCGCGGUCGUCGGCAUGAACGGCGCCCUCAUGAGCCGGUACACCAAGUUCAUCACCGUCCGCGUGCUCAUAGCACUUUGGGUGCAGAAGCUAAGGUCCCCAAUGUUUCGCCCACAACAUGUUCGAUGCAAUGCCUCUACCGAGACAUCACUACGUUUUUGUGCUCAGCUGCUUUCCCACUCGACGUGAAAAUAAGAAGGUGCAAGAUGAAAUUGCUAAAUGGUGGAAUCAGAGAGCUUAUAAAACUUAGCAACAAAGCUAGUGUGUGUUUCUUGCAUCAGAGUUCUAUUUGGUUUGAAGAUGAGACCUCCAAGUUGUGUUACAAAUGGUUAAUGGCAGAACCAGCUCAGUGCAUCUCUUGGAAGUUACAGUGUGAUCACUACAUGAUAUCAAAGCACAGAGCUUAUGCUUCAUGGGAAACUUCGUUGGCCACCACCUGUUUCGGUAUGGAGUUCAGAUCAGCAUCAGUUCAACAAGUCUGCAUACCUUUGGAGAGAGAGCCUCAUGUGCUACUCAGAUUUGAUCGUCAAGUUUAAUUUGUCUAGAUGUCUGCAAAGUAUUUGCUUAGACCAGAGAAAUGAGGUUGAUAAGUUUUAGCUUGAUGUCAAGAUUUUUGUAACGAGUCAUUCAUAUCAUUUGACAACAGUAGCUCCUAAUUCCAUUUGGGGGAGUGAAGUCAAGAUCUAUACCAUAAUAUGUAUGCUGGACAGAUUCAAGUGCAAAUGUGCAAUGGUGCUAUGGCCAAUUCUUUCAGAGUGUUUGUUCUAUCACCCUUUGCUCAGUCAAGGAACAGUGCACUGAUUGUUUGGCCAGGUGAUUUAGAGCUGCUAGUUGAACUGAAGCAAUGUGCAAAUAAAAAGAACAAGAAGGCGCUGGACCUUGACCUCUACUGCUUUGUAUUUGCAUAUGGACUCCUACUGAUGUGGCCCAGAUUCAUUUUGCACAUGGCAUGGUUGACCUGUUAUUCAGAUGAUGUGGUUGUGCAUUCAAAUGAUCAGAUUGCUGGACCAUUAUUGAACAAAAGAGAGGUGUGGCUGAAGCACAAUAAUUCUAGUAGUCCCAUGCUUCAAUUGGCAAGCUUUGAAUUUUUACAAAGGAGUGACAAUGUCAUCAGUGUGCUCCUAAUAAAGCAUCAUGUGUCUACAUGGUUACUGUCUCAACCAAGUUGGCCCAUUCAGUUUGGUACUUCAGUUGGGUGCAUAUUCAGUCAAGCAACUGACACGAAACUGGGGAAGCUUGUGAUGGACUAUUUGCUUGUUCAGUGGGUUACUGAAGCUGCAUUUAAUCAGGAGCUUGCAUGCUCUAAACCAAAUGAUGAUCUAUUCAGGAGCAAGAACUUGGGUUUCACGGAAACACAGCAAAUUGACAAGAUUCAGUCAUGGAAAGAAGAGCUUUUUCUUACACGGAUUACUGGAAAUUAUAGUAUGAGUGCCCAUGCAAUUUGGAAGAGCUCAGGAGACGCUUGUGUUCAACUAUUUCAUUUUAUGGUUCGACAGCUCUGUUUAUUGGCGAUGGUGCAAUCAUUCAAUGAUACAAAUGUGUCAAGCCAGAUCAGCAGAAGGCGAAGCACUACUACCAAUUUCAGUGGGAUCCCUCCGGUGGUUGCGGCUUGAGGGCAAGCCGCAUUUCAAGCGGGGGGGAAUGUCACGGACAAGCCUCCUCAUGAGUGGCUGCCAGGUGGGCCAGGCUACAGGAACGGGAGAAGCUACAAAAGGCAAAGGACUAGGACCCGCGAAGACCAUCGAACUGAACCGCGACGAACUCGUCUUCCUCCUCAGGACUCGAUCCUCCUUGUAUCUCCUGCUAGUCUUGAACCCUAGCCUCUGAUUCUUGCUAUUCCCUACCCAAUCUCUCCAAUUCUUCUCCAGAAUUGUACCCAGAUUACCCAAGUAUUCUUGUUAUUGUGAUUUGGAGGACUAGGACCAUAA